AUGUGCGGGCGCGGCGCGGCGAGCGCGGCGCUGCGGACGUACGUCGUCGACGGCGCCGCCGCGUUUGCCGACGCCACUUUUUCGCGCGCGUGCCCGCCGUCGGGCGGCGGCUCUCCGCGGCCCCGCUUCUCGCGUCUUCGCGCUGCGGGAGGCUGCGACGCGCGCGGCUGCGACGCGCGCGAUUGGCCCGGCGCUCGCCGUCGGGGCGGUGCGCCGCCCGACGACGCGCAGCUCUGGGGCCGGUCGCGGCUUGGCGCGCUCGCAGACGUUGCCGAGUGGCGGGAGUGGUUCACGCUCCUCGCCCGCCGCUCGCUCGCUCUACGGGAGGCGGGGGAGGCGGGCACGGCCGUGGCGGAGAGGGCGCAGCGCGGGGACGCGCGCGCACGUCUGAUCCUCUGCAACACGGCCGGCGUGCUCGAGGAGCCGGCAGAGUACGCGGCGCCACGCAUGCUGGUGCGCGACGCGACGCUGCGCGGCGAGCACGCGGCGCCGUUCGCCCCCGUCCCGCUCUUCGGCCAGCCCGCCCUGGACGCGUUCGGCGCCGCCCUCGUCGCCGCCCUCUUCCCGCGCGUCCCCGCGCUCCUCGACGGCAUCUACGGCGACCGCCCGGCCAACGCGGACGAGGCGCUCGCGUUCGCCAUCACGCAAGGGGCGUGCUCCCCGGGCGCGGCAAACGUGAUCGGCUCUGGCCAGAAGCUCGCCACAAACCGGCCGCUGAACGAGGUGCUCGACGGCGAAGCGGGCGGCUUCGGCGGGCCGGUGCUGGUGCCUCAGGGCAUGAACGACAAGGUCUCGGGCCCGGCGCGCGCCAGUGAGCGCGCCGACGCCUUCGAGCGGCUCCGGCCUGGGGUGAAGGUGUGCCGCCUCGAGGCGGGAGGGCACUGCCCGCAGGACGACGCGCCCGAGGCGGUGGCCGCGGCGAUUCUCGAAUUCCUGCCAGCCGUGCGGGAGUACGCGCAAGGCGACACCUCCAGGGGCCGUGCGGCAGACGGCACCGCCAUCUGCUCUGCGCUGCUCUUGCCCGAGCCUCCGGCCGAGCGGCUGCUCCCGUUCUGCACCGCUGACUCAUAUUUCUCGCGAAGCUCCCUCGUCAUGGCCGCCAGCUGCUUGUUUGCAGCCUGCGCUGUCGCGCAGCGAUCAACCUCGCAGUCCGCGAGGCACAGGCUGGCGGUACAUCCGUCAUAUGUGUAG